AUGGAACCACCAUUGUUAGGGCACAAGAAAGCUUCGUCUUCGUUUUCACCUUUACGUGCCGUGGUUGGAAAUCCGACGUUAGCUGCGAAAAAAAAGGCAAGUGAAUUCGCAGCUAAUAUGGUGGUAGGAAAUCCGACGUUAGCUGCGAAAAAAAAGGCAAGUGAAUUCGCAGCUAAUAUGACCUUUGACAAUGAAAAAAAUGUGACAUUCUCAGGAAAGAUUGAUAUAUUGCCAUUUGUUUAUGAACAACCAGCUAGAAGAAGUAGCGUCAAUAGAGUUGCGGGGACAAUAGAAAGGAAACCUAUAAGUUUUGUAACAAGAGAGGUGAAUGAAGCUUUUUUAAUAAGUAAAGUACUACCAGCCAUCAAGAGUAUGUGGCCAAGAGAAGAUGUAGGGAAGACAAUCUACAUUGAACAAGAUAAUGCAAGGUCGCAUAUUGCCAAAAAUGAUCCAGAUUUUUAUAGAGCAGCAAGUGAAGAUGGAUUUGACAUUCAAAUGACUUGUCAACCUCCGAAUUCGCUAGAUUUGAAUGUCUCGCACUUAGGAUUUUUCAAUGCCAUCCAGUCAUUGCAACAACAGGAACCAGUGAACUUAAUUGAUGAACUUAUGAAUGCAGUGCAAAGAGCAUUCAAUGAAUUUUCUUGUCAACAAUCCGAUAAAUUUUUUUCUACUCUUCAAUCAUGCAUGAUUGAGAUAAUGAAUAUCAAGGGAUCAAACAAGUACAAAAUUUCUCACAUGAAGACAUAUAUGCUAUAUAAUCAAAGUUGUAUACAUACUCAAUUAAGCUGUGAUUCUUCAUUAGUUCAAGAAGUCAUCGAAUAUCUUCAAAAUUUUGAUGUUUAA